AUGGCUGUUUCUUUUUUAGAAUCGAAUGAGAAGCCGAAUUGUCAAUUUUUUGCUGUUAAAAACGUGACACUCCUCUCCUUGGCCGCAGAUCCCACCUACCCGUCACCGCACGCACUUCCCGUCGUGAUCGAUGAGGCGCUCCACGGCUCUCGGGCGGCGCUGUUGCUGCUGGUGUCGCUGGCGGCGGCCGACAUCCCCAUACCGGCGGCGGAUAUCCACAUGCCGUACAGGGAAAAGAGCGAGGAGGAGAUGAGGCUGAUUUUCGUGGAGUGGAAGGCUAAGAUGGGGAAGACCUACAGCUCUGCCGGCGAGGAGGAGCGCCGUUACGCGACGUUCAAGGACUCGCUGCGCCGAAUCGACCAGCAUAACGCCGCCGGGAUCCACUCGUACCGCCUGGGGCUCAACAAUUUCUCCGAUCUCACCCAGGAGGAGUUCAGCGCCACUCCCUGCCUAGUUAUUCCGUCAGUUCACGACAAGGACAAGGCAGCAUGGAGGUUGAUUAUAUACAUGCUGUUUGUUUGUGGUUUAUUCAUUGUUUAUUUCAUUUGGACCAACUGGCUGGCCUGUGGGUGGGGAAGACUCUUUGUGCUUCAACGUAAGUCCUUGCUGAACUAGAUUUUUAUUGCAAU